AUUCCGUCAGUGUUUUCAGCCGCCCGCCCAGGGAUCGCGGCUGCUAGAGCGGAUCUUCGACUUGCAUAACUAUACGCCGCAGCAGCAAAGGAUGAGCGGAGCCCUGGGCAAGGUGCUGUGCCUGAGGAAUGAUACCAUUUUCAAACAAGCCUUUUUCCUCUUAAGGUGUAGAACUUCAAGGGAGAAUCCCAUCUGUUCUGCAGGUGGUUUUCUAUUGAAUACCAGUCGACACUACAAAACAAAGCCCACCCAUGGCAUUGGAAGAUACAAGCACCUAAUUAUAGCACAAGAGCCCAAGAAGAAGAGGGGAAAAGUGGAAGUAAGACCCAUUAAUUUGGGGACAGAUCAUGAGUAUGGUGUUGUAAACAUUCACCUGACUGCAUAUGACAUGGCCCUGGCAGAGAGUUAUGCCCAAUAUGUUCACAACCUCUGCAAUGAUCUCUCCAUUAAAGUUGAGGAAAGUUAUGCAUUGCCCACGAAAACCGUGGAGGUGUUGCGGCUACAGGACCAAGGCAACAAAACGUUCCUGGACUCAGUCCUUACCACCCAUGAGCGAGUGGUUCAGAUCAGUGGCUUGAGUGCUACAUUUGCCGAGAUUUUCUUGGAAAUAAUCGGAAACAAUCUUCCUGAAGGAGUCAAAUUGUCAGUGAAGGAGCACACUGAAGAAGACUUCAAGGGAAGAUUCAAAGCUCGUCCAGAACUGGAAGAACUGUUGGCCAAAUUGAACUAGCACGCUGUGGACCCUUUUGUGCCAGCACUGGUGAUACUGAGUGCUAAAAAGAAGAGCUUCUGGGAUGGUCAGAGUUAAGCAGGAGACUGUGGCUCUUAGAUCUCAUGAGUACCCAUUCUCACAGUCAGGGAUGCACCUUCUCUCCUCUGUGGUAUGGCUGUGCUUGCCGUUUGUCAACCACUUUCCUUUAAGCUAACCCCAGGUGUCCUCCAUCUAAUAAAAAUCUGCUAUGAAAUCGGCCCAGCCUGUGCAGGAUCUUUAACUAAGGGAUGCUAUUUUCUCUUCGCCUGGUGCUUUAGCACAAAAGCAUUCUCUCCGUCAGUAUUUCUCCAAUUAGAGUGAACUUAUUCUUUAAAGUAAUCUGGCAUGGAGUCCUUUAGUGAAGCAGAGGAUCGUAACAUAAGUAAACUCCGCAUGGGUGGAAGUCAUGGGGAGGGACAUUUUGGGUUUGUAUAUGAAAAAACUAGAUAGAAUUAGGGUCUGACCAUAACCCUAAGUAUAAAAAUUGCUUUAUUGGGUAGUGAAUGCCUUGCUAUAAGUAUUCGGGCAGAUGUUACAUAACUGCUAAAUAGGAUUGCUCAGAAUGAGUUUAAGCAAAGAAUUAAAGGAUGCUCUUGGUCAUGGGUCAGGAAACUACUGCCUAUGAGCCAAAUCUCACCCAUCCCCUGUUUUUUGUAAAUAACGUAAAGGUUUAUUGGAACACAGCUGUGUUCAUUUGCUUAUAUAUUGUCUACGGCUGCUUUCAUGCAUCAGAAUCACCGGGAGGGCUUUUUAAAACACAGUUUGCUGGGCU